AUGCCUAUAUCUUGGGAGGCAAAGAGAGCAUACCCAAUACAAUGGCGCGGUGCCAAAACAAAGUCAGCGGCGAGACUUACAGAUCUUGCUCAGGGGCCCCUAGGAUCCAAACCAUUAGCCCCAUUUAUUGGUGAUGCACCACAGUAUCCUACUGUGGUCCAGGGGGCCAAAUAUAAUAUGCAAAAGUUUCAAAACUGUGUGCUUCUCACUCGAGUUGGGAACUUUUAUGAGCUUUAUCUCCAUCAAGCUGAGGAGUACGCCAGUUUGCUAAAUUUAAAACUGGCUUAUAAAAAAACGGCUGGUGGCGCAGUUCCCAUGGCCGGCUUUCCCUACUUUCAAUUAGAUCGAUUUCUCAAGGUCCUAGUUCAGGAGAUGAAGAAAAACGUGGCUAUUAGCGAAGAAUUUGCCAAUGAUGCCGCUGCGAAAGCAAUGUCUGGAGGGCUAAUGUUCGAUCGCAGAGUUGCUCGUAUAGUCACCCCCGGCACAUUGAUUGAUGAGAAAUUUAUUGACCAAUGCCAAAACAAUUACCUUCUUGCUAUACAUGUCAAUCCCAGCUUUGUCACUGAUCAGCAUGAUACAGAUGAUGGUGUAACUCGAGGACAGUUCCGUUGCCUUCCUGAAUCAGAAUCUAUCGGGCUUGCGUGGCUGGAUAUAUCAACUGGAGAUUUUCUGACCCAGAAUACUAGCCCUCAGAUGCUCCCAUCAGCAAUCACACGUAUAGCAGCUCGCGAAAUCUUAGUUGAUCAAUCAGUUGGCGAAUCAAUACGGGCAGAGCUCGAAGCUUUGGUGGCCCACGAACACCAACCAAUAACCUACUUCCAAUGCCCUAAAAUUAUGCGGCCAUUAUCAGAAUGGAACUCUUGUUUCGAUUCACCAAUACCUACAAAAGCUGCUUCUAUGUUCACUCCACAGGAGGAAUCAGCUUGCAAGAUGAUCUUAGAAUAUGUUAAGAAGCAAAUGAAAAAUACUGAUGUGAGGCUCCAGCCACCUCGCCGAAAAUUAACUGAGGACUUUAUGUCUAUUGACCGGAAUAGUUUGAGGGGACUUGAAAUUCUGGAAACGGCGAGGGAUGGUUUUGGCAAAGGAAGCCUGCUGCAUGCAGUACGGCGAACAUCAACUAGCAGUGGCGCUCGACUAUUGAGAGAAAGACUAACCUCGCCAUCUGCCUCGUUAGGUGUUAUCAAUGAGCGCCUAGACCUAGUCUCUCUUCUAAUAGAAGAUGAUGAGUUGCGGGAUAAUAUCAUGAGGUCAUUAAAACGCAGCUAUGAUACCCAACGUCUCAUCCAGAAAUUCUCUCUGGGAAGGGGCUUACCAGACGACCUUAUAUGCCUUUCCAGAGCUAUAAAUGCUUCGAGCAGUAUUAAGUCAAUCUUGAAACAAAAAUUUACAGACACUGAAUCAUUAGUUAGAGACCAACCUACUUCUAGCCCCCAUAAAAGCAUGCUGCCAUUACUGCAUCGCUUCAAUUUAGAAGGUCUAGAGGACCUAUCACAGCGAAUACAAGAUUCAAUUGACGAAGAGAGGCUAUUACAGCAGCAGCGCGUGGAGGAGAAUGCGGCAGCUGAUGAUUCGGCUCUUGCUCAUGACGUGCUGUUAAGUGAAGGUUUACCUGCGGACCUCGAAGCUAUGCCAAAGAGAGUUAAAGACUCAAAAACAGAUGGGCCGAAAGGAACGAACGAGCCUGAUACACCGAGUGACAUCACUUGGAUUAUGCGCCGGGAUGCUAGCAAAACUUUACGAAACCUACAUGAGACGCUUGAAAGCCUUUACUGCGAGAAGACUAAGCUAACCAAAGAGCUACAACUAACUUUAGACACUCCUCACCUAAGUCUAAAAUGGACCCCCGGCCUUGGACAUAUUGUUCAUAUCAAAGGGGCCAAAGCAAUGAAAAGCUCACUUGAUAGCCUGGGAGUAACGCGUACCGUUUCCUCAUCGAAAUCUACACGCUCAUUUUAUUUAGCUUCCUGGACUCAACUAGGUGCCAAACUGGAAAAUAUGAAGCAACAAAUUAGAGCUGAGGAACAAAAUAUAUUCAAGGCGUUGCGACAUGCAGUGAUUUUGAAUCUGGUCAAACUCCGCCGCAACGCAGGUGUUUUAGACGAACUUGAUGUGGCAUGUUCCUUUGCAACUCUAGCUAAGGAGCAAGGGAUGGUUCGGCCAAUUGUGAACAAUGGAUUGAACCAUAAGAUAAUAGGUGGCAGACACCCUACUGUUAAGCUUGGGGUCGAAGAACAAGGCCGCCCAUUCGUCAGUAAUGACUGUUUUGUGGGAGAUAAGGAGCGAAUUUUACUUAUCACUGGGCCCAACAUGGCUGGAAAAAGUACAUUUCUUCGGCAAAACGCUCUCAUAACAAUUCUUGCACAAGUCGGCUCCUACGUUCCGGCAGAAUACGCCGAAAUAGGGCUCGUGGAUAAGAUAUUCAGUCGUAUCGGGGCAGCUGACGAUUUGUUUCGCGAUCAAUCGACAUUUAUGGUUGAAAUGUUAGAAACUGCCUCAAUCCUAAAGCAUGCCACCCCUCGCUCUUUCGUGAUAAUGGAUGAGGUCGGCAGAGGAACAACUCCAGAAGACGGAACAGCCGUGGGAUUCGCAUGCCUACAUCAUCUUCAUAAUGAGAAUAAAUCCCGCACUUUGUUUGCGACUCAUUUCCAUGUGCUGGCUGAUAUGACAGCAGAUUUUGAACAUCUUGGCCGAUAUUGCACUGACCUGAAGGAGGAUUCUUCUGGUGGUUUCUCAUACAUCCACAAGCUAAAACCUGGGGUCAACCGGCAGUCUCACGCACUAAAGGUUGCCCAACUUGCUGGCUUACCACCAAGUGUGAUUGAGGUUGCCAACGGCAUGAUUCAGAAAAUGACAGCUACUGGAACAGAGCUUGGACAUCGAGUGCAAGACAAUUAUCGCAAGGCGGCCCGUUCUUCGUCUUAA